AUGGCUAUCACUAACAUUCACAAUAAAUAAAUGUUUUUAAUGUUAUUGACCAGCAUUCAAUAUCAAUUACUUAAAUGCACAUAUAAUUAUUAUUUGCAUAUAGGCUUUUUUUCAUCCUGUGAAAAUUUCGUUGCAUGGUGAGCGCGGAUCGUAAAAAUUCACUCUCACUAUUUUUUUAUAACGCGCCUAAAGAGGUAAAACCUCAAAAUAUUUACAAUUUUUAGUUAACAACCUAUAUUUUCUAUCACGAUAACUUCGUGCGUGAAUUUUGGGACACAACAUAAAUGGGCCCGUGACCACGCCAAAUGUAAAACCACCGAUAACUCAAAGUCGUGUUCCCGACAAGGCGUGCGGCAGGCCUUGAUGCUGCGCGCUACGUGGUUCUCGCUACUGGCGCCAAGGGCGCUGGCGAUGUGGUUCUCUCUGCUGGCGGCAGGGGCGCUGGCGGCGGGCGCCACGAUGCUGCGCGUGACGUGGUUCUCGCUACUGGCGCCAAGGGCGCUGGCGAUGUGGUUCUCUCUGCUGGCGGCAGGAGCGCUGGCGGCGGGCGCCACGAUGCUGCGCGCGACGUGGUUCUCGCUGCUGGCACCAGGGUCGCUGGCGGCGGGCGCCACAAUGCUGCGCGCGACGUGGUUCUCGCUGCUGGCACCAGGGUCGCUGGCGAUGUGGUUCUCGCUGCUGGCGGCAGGGGCGCUGGCGAUAUGGUUCUCGCUGCUGGCACCAGGGUCGCUGGCGGCGGGCGCCACGAUGCUGCGCGCGACGUGGUUCUCGCUGCUGGCACCAGGGUCGCUGGCGAUGUGGUUCUCGCUGCUGGCGGCAGGGGCGCUGGCGGCGGGCGCCUCCCCGCUGUCCCUGGAGGUGGAUGCAGGUGGUCCCCCGGCGGCCGAGCUGCGGCGGUUCUGGACCAGCACCGGUCUCAGUCCGACGAGCGGUCGCCGGGCAGCCGCGGAGUUCCUGCUCUCGCGCGACGAGCAGCUCAACCUGGCGCUGAUUGGCUCGCUGCCCAACGCGGCCAUCACGCACGUGCGCAUACACUGGCUGCUGGACCUCGUGUCCGUCGCAGGAAACGCAGAUAAUGGCGACCUGCGGUUCGACUUCACCUUCCUAGACCGCCUGCUGGACUUUCUGCACUUAUUUGGGCUUUCUCCAGGAUUCGAGAUCAUGGGAAACCCUUCUGAACACUUCUCUAACUUCAACAACGAAACUACAUCGCUUGAAUGGCAGAAAAUGGUCCAGACCUUAGCUGAGAGAUACAUAGAUAGGUAUGGAAUUGAGAAUGUGUCAAAAUGGAGGUUUGAACUGUGGAACGAACCGGAUCUUGCCAUGUACAACAUUUUAAAUUUCACACUACAAGGCUACCUGAGCUACGCCGGGGCCACGUGGCGCGGAUUGCGCGCGGCCUCCCCGCGGCUGGGGCUCGCCGGGCCGGCCGGACUGUUCAAGGCGCGCGCGAGACACCCGCUGUGCUGGGGGCUGCUGGAUCUCUGCGCCGCGCAGCCUCGCCGCUGCCCGCUGGACCUGCUCUCCUUCCACCGCAAGGGCGGCGGCUCGGAGGACUCCGUGCUGCGCGGGGGCGUGCGGCUCGCGCUGCGUCUGCGCUCAGCCUACCCGGCCCUCGCGCUUCUGCCCCUGGCCAACGACGAGGCGGACCCGCUGACGGGCUGGUGGCGCGGCGCGCGGUGGCGCGGGGACUCGCGCUACGCGGCGAUGGUGGCGCGCGGGGUGGCGCGGCACCAGGACUACGCCGUCCGGCGGCUGGGGCUGCCCUUCCAGCUCGUCAGCAACGACAACGGCUUCCUCAGCUCCUACCCGCUGGUCUUCAGCCAGCGCACCCUCGCCGCCAGACUUGAACGUUGCAGGUUCCAGAUGAACAACACCAGCCCACCGCACUCGCAGUUCUUCCUGAAGCCCGUGUACGUGGUCAUGGCGCUGCUGUCGCUGCUGGGAGACGCCCAGCUGUCCGUGGAUGUCAGUCCGCCCGACGACAGGCUGGCGGUGCUGGCCACGAGGGGCGGCGCCGGUGGCGACUGGAGCGUCGCGACGCUGCUGGUGUUCAGCAACAACACCCAGGCCGGCGGCGCGGGAACCAACGUCACAGUUUCACUGCGGCACCUGCCAUCGGCCGGCGCGAGGUACGUGCUGCUGCAGCUGGGGUCGAGGCCGGGGCCCGCCGAGGCGUGGAGACGCGCUGGGGCACCGCGCUACCCCGACCCGGCGCUCAGGCGACGCAUGCGCUCCGCUCAGGGCCCAACAGAGAUCGCUGCCGGCGAGGCGGGCAGUUCCCUGCACCUGGGAGUGCAGUUGUCGCUGCCGGGAGUUGCCCUGCUGCAACUGUGCUCCAUUCCGACCCUACCGCCAGCCCAAAUGUGCACGGAGAUACGAGGUGGAAUUCUCGCAGCAGGUGGCGCUACCUCGCUACAGUCGACUGAACCACGGCCAUCUAUACUUACUGUCCUUCCACCACGCGGCGCCACUGUCGCAAUCUCCGAGCGGGGAAGAUCCUGCGGCAGGGGUGUACAGAGUGCGGGCAGUGGACAUGUGGAACAGGCCUGGCGAGUACUCCAGGCUCCUCCUGUACCCUGGUACGAACAACCAGGCCCCGAUUCCAGGCAGCUAGCGCUAUGGCAGAUAAUCUUUAGACAACCCUGUUUUCCUUUUACUUUUCCAGUUAUCCCCAAACAUCAUAAAAUUUUUACAAAUUCAAGCGUCUUUAUAUUUAGUUUUAAUACAGAACAUAAUGCAAAUAAAUACUAAGGUUUUCGAAACACAUCAUAGGCUGUUUUUAUUUUUCUAAUGUAAAUUUAAUAAAUGGUUGUUGCAAUUUUAUACGAAUGUUGCAGAUACUGUAAUAAAUCAUGAGAAAUUGUUUACUGUGUACUUGAAGUAUUUGAUUUGAGUACUAAUAAACUAAAAUUGUCUUUUGACAUAUUAUUUGAAAAAGAAAUCAUUACCGGGCGUUAAAAACUUAUUUUUCCUCAAAAAUAUUUUUCUAUUAUUUUUGCUAACCUUGAAUUCUCCCGCCCCUCAAAUGCCUGUUUUUCCCGUUUUGUUAAGUCGGGGCCUGCGAACAACCCUUAGCAGACCUGAACAUCUGAGUCGGCCUCUGGCUCUCAAAGUUCAUGACAGUGUGCACGGUUUAUCAAAUAACUAACAAACUAAAUAUUAAAAAAAUAAUAACACUGAUAAA